CGGGAGCGAGCGCGUCUGGGAGCCCGCGGGCCGCGGAGCACAGCGGGUCUUGAGACCUGGGCCCGGGCCUCAGAUUACCUGUGGAUCAUAAACAAUGGACUCCUUGGACCAUAUGCUGACAGAUCCCCUGGAACUGGGCCCAUGUGGAGAUGGCCAUGGUACCCGUAUUAUGGAAGACUGCCUCCUGGGGGGCACCAGGGUUAGUUUGCCCGAGGAUCUUCUAGAGGACCCUGAAAUAUUCUUUGAUGUAGUCAGCCUGUCCACGUGGCAAGAAGUACUGAGUGACUCUCAGCGUGAACAUCUCCAGCAGUUUCUGCCUCACUUUCCUGAAGAUAUUAUUGAGCAGCAACAUGAACUCAUCCUCGCUUUGUUCAGUGGAGAGAACUUUCGAUUUGGAAACCCUCUGCACAUUGCCCAGAAGCUUUUCCGAGAUGGACAUUUUAACCCUGAGGUGGUCAAGUACCGGCAGUUGUGCUUCAAGUCACAGUACAAGCGAUACCUCAACUCUCAGCAGCAGUAUUUCCAUCGGCUGCUAAAGCAAAUCCUUGCUUCCCGGAGUGACCUCCUGGAGAUGGCCCGACGGAGUGGCCCAGCCCUUUCUUUCCGGCAGAAGCGCCCGUCACCAUCUCGCACUCCUGAGGAACGGGAGUGGCGAACCCAGCAGCGUUACUUGAAGGUCUUGAGGGAAGUGAAGGAGGAGUGUGGUGACACAGCCUUGUCAUCUGAUGAGGAGGCCACGUUGGAUUUACAAGAAAAAUUUUCUUUUGAAGAUCUCAGCUCAUGGCUUCCGAGCUCUCCAGCGCGUUCUCCUAGCCCUGCGGUGCCCCUGAGGGUGGUGCCCACGCUUUCAACCAUGGAUAUGAAAACUGCAGAUAAAAUAGAACUGGGGGACAGUGACCUGAAGAUAAUGUUAAAGAAGCACCAUGAGAAGCGGAAACAUCAACCAGAUCACCCUGACCUUUUGACAGGGGACCUGACUCUCAAUGACAUCAUGACUCGAGUAAAUGCUGGCAGAAAGGGCUCUCUCGCAGCCCUGUAUGACUUAGCCAUCCUUAAAAAAAAAGUUAAAGAAAAAGAGGAAAAGAAGAAGAAGAAAAUAAAAACAAUCAAAUCAGAGUCAGAGGAUCUGGCUGAACCCCUAAGCAGUACGGAAGGGAUCCCACCUCUGUCACAAGCUCCGUCUCCACUGGCAAUAACAGCUAUCAAAGAGGAGCCUCUUGAAGACCUCAAGCCUUGCCUUGGAAUCAAUGAAAUAUCUUCGAGCUUCUUCUCUCUUCUGUUAGAGAUCUUGCUACUGGAGGGGCAGGCCAGCCUUCCUAUGCUAGAGGAACGGGUUUUGGAUUGGCAGUCAUCGCCAGCCAGUUCCCUCAAUAGCUGGUUCUCUGCAGCCCCCAACUGGGCAGAGUUGGUGUUGCCAGCCCUGCAGUAUCUAGCUGGAGAAAGCCGUGCUGUACCUUCUAGUUUCUCUCCAUUUGUUGAAUUCAAAGAGAAAACCCAGCAGUGGAAAUUGCUUGGCCAGUCCCAAGAUAAUGAAAAGGAGUUAGCUGCCCUCUUCCAGCUGUGGCUAGAAACCAAAGACCAAGCUUUCUGUAAGCAAGAAAAUGAGGACAGCUCAGAUGCCACAACACCUGUUCCUCGGGUAAGAACUGACUAUGUGGUGCGCCCCAGCACAGGGGAGGAGAAACGGGUUUUUCAGGAGCAGGAGCGUUACAGAUACAGCCAACCCCAUAAGGCAUUCACCUUUCGCAUGCAUGGUUUUGAGUCUGUUGUGGGACCUGUGAAGGGUGUGUUUGACAAGGAGACCUCACUCAACAAGGCCCGGGAGCACUCUCUGCUGCGCUCUGAUCGGCCUGCCUAUGUCACCAUUCUGUCUCUUGUUCGCGAUGCUGCAGCUCGACUGCCCAAUGGUGAAGGUACUCGGGCAGAGAUCUGUGAACUACUCAAGGACUCCCAGUUUCUAGCACCGGAUGUCACCAGCACUCAGGUGAACACAGUAGUGAGUGGUGCACUGGAUCGACUACAUUAUGAAAAGGACCCAUGUGUGAAAUACGACAUUGGCCGAAAGCUGUGGAUAUAUUUACAUCGUGACCGGAGCGAGGAAGAGUUUGAGCGGAUACACCAAGCGCAAGCAGCUGCAGCCAAGGCCCGGAAAGCCCUUCAACAAAAGCCCAAGCCCCCGUCCAAGGUGAAGUCCAGUAGCAAGGAGAAUUCCAUGAAGGUCCUCAGCGGUGGCCCAUCUGAGCAGAGCCAGAUGAGCCUCAGUGACUCCAGCAUGCCACCCACCCCAGUCACACCCGUGACCCCCACCACUCCAGCUCUGCCUGCCACUCCUCUCUCUCCUCCACCUGUGUCAUCAGUGAAUAAAAGCGGCCCUACCACUAUGUCAGAACCAGCAAAAUCCAGCUCAGGUGUUCUUUUAGUGUCUUCACCAACAAUGCCACAGCUUGGAACAAUGCUUUCCCCAGCUUCCAGCCAGACGCCACCACAUUCUCAGGCUGCUGCCCGUGUUGUGAGUCACUCUGGCUCGACGGGACUACCCCAGGUGCGAGUGGUGGCCCAACCUAGCCUUCCUGCUGUUACUCAGCAGUCAGCGGGGCCUGCGCAGACACUGCCACAAAUGCCAGCAGGACCGCAGAUUCGUGUUCCCGCCACUGCUGCACAGACCAAGGUCAUGCCCCAGACAGUAAUGGCUACUGUUCCAGUCAAAGCUCAGAAUGCAGCAGCCACUGUGCAGCGGCCUGGACCCGGGCAGACAGGCCUCACGGUGACGAGUCUUCCUGCCACAGCUAGCCCCGCAAGCAAGCCAGCCACGAGCUCACCCGGGAGCUCUGCUCCUAGUGCUUCCACAGCUGCUGUCAUUCAGAAUGUCACAGGACAGAACAUUAUCAAGCAGGUGGCAAUCACUGGGCAGCUGGGCGUGAAGCCCCAGGCAGGCAACAGCAUUCCCCUCACAGCCACUAACUUCCGUAUCCAGGGUAAGGAUGUAUUGCGUCUGCCACCCUCUUCCAUCACCACAGAUGCUAAAGGCCAGACAGUUCUGCGAAUCACUCCGGACAUGAUGGCUACCUUGGCUAAAUCCCAGGUUACCACAGUCAAACUGACACAGGACCUCUUUGGGACAGGAAGUGGCACUGCAGGCAAAGGCAUCUCUGCUACCUUACACGUCACUUCCAAUCCAGUCCACGCAGGUGACAGCCCUGCCAAGGCCAGUCCAGCCAGUGCCCCUUCAUCCACUCCGACAGGCACCACCGUGGUCAAAGUGACUCCUGACCUCAAGCCAACAGAAACCUCAAGUUCAGCAUUUCGCUUGAUGCCAGCACUUGGUGUGAGUGUGGCAGACCAGAAGGGGAAAAACACAGUGGUCUCCUCAGAAGCAAAACCAGCUGCCACCAUCCGCAUCGUUCAGGGCCUGGGAGUGAUGCCUCCCAAAGCAGGCCAGACCAUCACAGUUGCAACCCAUGCCAAGCAGGGGUCCUCCGUAGCCAGUGGGUCUGGAACUGUCCAUACGUCAGCAGUGUCCUUGCCCAGCAUGAAUGCUGCUGUGUCCAAGACUGUGGCUGUGGCUUCUGGGGCUGCAAGCACCCCCAUCAGCAUCGGAACAGGAGCCCCCACUGUGCGACAGGUCCCGGUCAGCACCACAGUUGUUUCCACAUCCCAGGCUGGGAAGCUGCCUACACGGAUCACAGUCCCGCUGUCUGUGAUUAGCCAGCCUAUGAAGGGCAAAAGUGUGGUCACGGCCCCCAUCAUCAAAGGCAACCUGGGAGCCAACCUCAGUGGGUUGGGCCGUAAUAUCAUCCUCACCACCAUGCCAGCAGGUACUAAACUCAUUGCUGGCAAUAAACCUGUUAGUUUCCUUACUGCCCAGCAGUUGCAGCAGCUUCAGCAGCAAGGUCAGGCCACACAGGUGCGCAUCCAGACUGUCCCCGCAUCUCACCUUCAACAGGGAACAGCUUCUGGUUCCUCCAAAGCCGUUUCCACCGUUGUUGUGACUACAGCUCCAUCUCCUAAACAGGCACCAGAACAGCAGUGACUCUGAAGGAGAAAGAUGGCUUCCA